AGAUUUAACCUUUAGCUCAGUUAUUUCUUAGAUUUUAAUUUGAAUUCACCUGUGUGAUGUGACCGAGGGUAAAGCCUGGUUUAUACUUCUGUCAGCUCGAGUGUGGAGUCGCACUCAAGCAUUGACAGAGGUGUUUCCCCUUCAGACUUCUCCAUCACCUGGGGAGCGUUGCAAAGCAAUUCCUCUACCAGUACAACAGAGAGCAUAGCACCUUUCACCAUUACAGUCAUGUAUCUGGUCCAAGAUGGUGUGUUUACAUGCUUUGAUUUAUGUCAGAGACUAUUUAACAUUGACAAAUUUGACCCAUAUUCUGCUCCACCUCUUCACACUUGACUUCCAAAUUACCCGUCAUUUCUGUCCAUCAAUAAAAUGCUUGCUAGUAGGGCUGCAACAAAUCCUCGAGUAACUCGAAUGAUUCGAGGACAAAAAAUAUUCGAGGAUUUUCCCCUGCCUCGAGGACUCGUUAAAUAGACCAUAGCUGAAAAAAACCGGCGUUUUGCACGGAUUCUUUGUGUUGCGCAACACGGUUACGUCACAGAUUAUACGUGCCAUGCACUCUACUGCACAGCGCGCAGGCGCAGCUGUCUUUUCAGCUGGACAGCCGACUAUGGCAGACGCCACGGAAAUAAAUGAAAACAAGCAAGACCAAAACGAGGGAUAUAGGAAGCGACAGAAGUUAUCCAAAGUGUGGGAUCACUUUACAUUAAAAAGCAAGGAAAACGUCGUUGUAUGCAAGCAUUGCAAGGUGGAGCUAGCAUACCACAACAGCACUUCUUCCAUGCUGCAGCACCUCUUAAGAAAGCAUCCGACUGAGGGCAUGAGUGGACGUGUCGAGACCAGUAAAACAUCACAACCUGUCCUGGAUAGAUUUCUGCUGAAAGCACCUGCCUGCACCCCAGCACAAGCAGCUGUACUGACAGACCGCAUUCUAAAUAUGCUGGUUACAGACAUGCGCCCACUGAGCAUGGUGGAGGAUGCUGGCUUCAAAGCGAUGAUUGCUGCUUUCCAGCCAAAUUAUGCUCUUCCAUCUCGGACCUUUUUCACAAAGCGGUUGAAAGAAAAAUAUGAAGACAUCAAAAACAAGAUGAAGAAAGCCCUGCAAGAGACUGACACCAUAGCACUUACUACUGAUAUCUGGACAAGUGUGGCAACAGAGGCCUACAUGGGGAUAACGUGCCACUACCUAGAAAACUGGAAAAUUAUGUCUCAUUGUCUUACCACUAUGCCCUUGGAGGAGAGGCACACAGCUGCAAACAUUGCAGAUUGGAUUGAGGAGGUAAUUGCCAAAUUCAGCAUUCCACCAGAGAAAAUCAAGGCUGUUGUACAUGACAAUGGUGCUAAUGUUGUAGCUGCAACAAAGAUUUUGCAUGCAAAGCAUGGAUGGGAGCACUGACAUGUGCAGGACACACCCUCAACUUGGUUGUGCAAAACACUUUAAAAAGCCAACAGGCUAUCUCCAGGUGUGUGGGUGCAGCAAGAACUCUUGUCGAACAUUUUAAGAAAAGUGAAUUGGCAAGCACAAAGUUAAAGGUCAAGCAGAGGCACAUGGGGACCAAAGAAAACAUGCUGUUGCAGGAUGUCUGCACACACUGGAACAGCACCUAUGCCAUGUUGUCAAGGCUGCAAGAACAAAGAUGGCCAGUGACUGCUACAUUGUCUGACCCAGAAGUGACCCAAAGAGGGAAACAUUACCUGGAUCUCAAAUCUGACCAGUGGAGCCUGAUUGAGGAGCUCAACCAGGUCCUUGAGCCCUUCCACUCUGCCACAGUUUUUAUGAGCGGAGAGCAAUAUGUUACGCUUUCUGCACUUCCACAUGUUGUUGACAAAAUUAAGAAGUCACUCCAGAGUCAGAAUCUCGAGUCACCACCUGUGGUGUCAUUCCAGACUCAUGCAAAAGAACAGGUCACAACAAGAUGGAAAGACUUGGGUGAGUUCAAACCAGAGUCUCCAAACAUCACACUGCUUGCUGCUUCUCUGGAUCCCAGGUUUCGAAAACUCAAAUUCUUGCCUGCUGACCAAGCAUUUGGAGUCAAAAACGCAUUGCAAACCAUGGCACUUGCUGUCAAGCAGCAACUGGGGCCUACUGGAUGUGGAAAUGAAGCAUCCAGCACAGCAGAGGGUGCUCCAUCUACAGCGCAUAAAGACAAGAUGACCACAUCCUUCCUUGACUCGGACUCCACCAGCAGUGAUGAAGAGCAAGAUGAAGAACAGCUGUCAAAUGAAGCGAUACAGAAUGAGGUCUUGGCAUAUUUCGGAGAACAGUCCCUUCCAAAGAAGGAUGGUCCUCUGAUCUGGUGGAAAGCGAAUGAAUAACGCUUUCCAACAUUGGCGAAGCUGGCAAACUCCCUGCUCUGUAUUCCAGCUACAUCCACCCCAUCCGAGUGGUUGUUUUCAGCAGCAGGUAAUAUUGUGUCAAAGAAGAGGGCAAGCCUCAGCCCUGAGCAUGUAGAUAGGCUCACCUUCCUUCACUGCAACCACAGGCUCCUUGGAUAGAUUGUACUUCCACUCCCCAGGCAGUCUCUUGAGGACAGUUUAAAAUCCUUGUUUACAGUAGUAGGACUUGUGGGCCAAGUUACUGUCUUAUGUUAGUUCUGAAUAUAAAGUUGCACAAUUGAAGGGCAGUGUUAACGGCACAAUUUAUUGCACAUUCUUUUUGAUACUAAGAGUGAUAACUGCUUUUUUGUUAUUCAAAUAAUAUUUUUAUUUUUUUAUGUAACUGUCUCAGGGAAUGUUAAGUUUAAAGUAAUAUUAUUUAUAUUUGUGUUUUCAUCUCAAAUGUUAAGGUGGAAGUAAUUUUAGUUCUCUGAUUUUUCUAAAGAAACAAUUACUAUUUUCCAUUAUACAAACACAUUAAUAAAAUGUCAUUUAUACAUAAGGUUUAAAUUUGUUGUUCUCAUUAUUAAGUCUGUCUUUUUUAUAUUGUAUAUUUAUAAUUGAACCUUAAUUUAGCAAAAGUAUGUUUUAUUCGAUUAUUCGAUUAAUCAAUCCGGAUAUUGAUAGAAUACUCGAUUACUAAAAUAUUCUAUAGCUGCAGCCCUACCUGCUAGGUAUCUUUGUGCUCCUUCAGUCACAAGUAAAUAAAUGUUAAUAUUUUCAGACUUUUUCUGCAAGGAAUCUGUUCCAUGUCUGUCGCUAAGUAUCUUUUUGACAGGACAAUGGCGGUGCUGUUGACGAAUUUAUAGGGAGCGACGGCUUGACCAAUCACAAUCUUGCUGUCUCAGUAACUUUUGAUGGAUAGUUAAAUAGUUGGGCAUGUCUAUCAGCCUUUGUGAGCCUGUUGGAAAGUCCUUGCGCCAAUGCAGAAUGGCGUUGCGUGUCUCCGUACCCACGCAGAUGGAGAAGUAUAAAUCAGCCUUUAGGGUGGAUUAACUCAGCCUGCUUAAUGAACUAAACCAUUUUCAGAAAUGGAAAAGAAAAAUCCUAUUUUUUUAAAACAUUCUUUGCAAGAAUGCAAAUGAGGCUAUAAUAAAACGUGACUAGACCAACCCACCAUGGUUGGUCAGGAUGUCAGACUGUAGAUCACCCAGACAGAGCAUACAAACACGAGGUGUAAACAAACUGGCUUAAGCAACUACAAUCAUGUAAAAACACAAAGACAACAUAGGAUCAUGUUGUAUUAGAACGUGUGCACUUUGGUUGUGCCUAAUCACUCAGUUUUGGGUUGAGAAUAACAAACACCAACCUAAGUUAUCCACAAUGUGUUCAGAACAGUGUCAUUUAAGAGCAGCUGAAUGCAGGUUUGUAGUUACAAGCGCGUGAACAGAAACAUGAAGGUGGGGGUCAACCAAAGCCCCAAGCGUGACCUCUGAAGAGAGAGAUAAGCUCUCCAGAUGAGGCGAGUGCACGCCAGAAACACUAGAGUCCAGGACAGAAACAUUUAGGAACACACCUCCCCCACCUGCUGCAGGAGUUCACAUCCAACCCUGACACCACAUGGGUCGUAAAUCAACGCUCCCCCUCUCACACACAGACACACAUUGAGCUCACAUCCACGCACAUAGACUGUUUACAUGCAGCCAAUAUCCUUGUUAUGAUCGGGUUACGGUCGGUAUUUGGGUUUCUAAGUUGAUCAGAAUAACCCGUUUACAAGCAUAAAUAGAAAGCGUUACCUCUAACUUGCAUAACCCGAUUUAAAUGCGGACGUUGGGGUAGCGUCAGGACGUAUGGACUACGUCCAGACGCAAUAUGCGUCAUUUCCGGUUCUUCUUGUUCCGGUAUCCGUGAAAACAACAUGUUUCCCAGUUCGGAAGAGAUAGCGACCGCGUUUGUUUGCGCUUUAGUUUCCUCGUCACUCCAAAAGUGUGCUGUGCCGCGACUCGCCAUGUUGCUCCCAACUUGUUGUUUAGUUCCGGUGUUCUGGCGCAUACAAGACAUCUCGCUACUCAAAAGACCAAGAUUCCUUGCGAACAGAGCAUGCGCAGAACACACGCGUUGAUGGGGAUAUCCCGAUAUGCAUUUACACGACCAAACAUUCGGGUUAGAAAAGGGUUACCCCAGGUGUAGUAACCGGGUUUUUUAAAACCCGGUUAUGAGCAUAUCCGGGUUUUUGACGGUGUUUACAUGGACCUGCGGAACCGGGUUAUUGUGAAUAUUCAGGUUUUAAAAGGGUUACUGGGUGCAUGUAAACGCACUGAUGCACACACACAGGUUCACACGUCACAUGGCACCAGCCAAGACACAGCAUCUCCCAGCCAACAGCAAUGGCAGAUCCAAACUCAAACACAGGGCAGAGCUCUUAUCAGACAACAGCACAACAUCGACAGCUCCAAAGCAACCAAAUUAAAAUUAAAAGUUUGACCAAAAUGCCAAACCAUUAACCACACGUGUCUGCAGCACAACACCAUUCACACAGUUUAUGAGAAAAAAAUUGAGUGGGGUCUGGCUGCCCUUAACAAAGUUAUGGCCAACAAGAUAAGGAUAACAAAAUUAUAUUUUCAAUAAUAAUAUAACAGCAUUCAUACAUUUAUUUAUAUAAAAUUUCACAUUUAUUUAUAUAAAAUGACUUAUUUCAUUUUCUUUUAACUUCUUAGUUUUACUUCUCAUUUUGACUAUGUAUAACGCACUUUUUGACUCCUUCAAGAGGAAACUCUUCAUUUUAGCUGUUUAUUAUUACUUCUACAUGAUUAAACACCUUAUUUUAGCUGUUUAUUUUAAUUUAUUUAGGAGUAAACACUUUAUUUUAGCGGUUUAAUUUAACUUCUGCAUUGUUUCUAGUUACCUGUGAUCAUUUCCAACCUAAGGUGAGAGUUUUUGGUCAGCUUUUUGUCCUGCUCGCAGGACCAAAACACAGGCUCUCAGUGACCCCUCCGUAAGCGGGACCAAACCCGGCCCUUACCGGAGACGUGAGCUCUCAGAAACUCACUGCCACACCCACAGCUAUUUAUCAGCUCAUUUGAUCAGUGCAGUAUGUCAACCACCUGGUGGCAAUUGUUGUGCCAACCCCACCAGAUGCCACUGGCUACACAACAUUUUGUGGAAGUUCACUACAUCAUAGAUGUUUAUGUUCAUUUAUUUUAUAAUAUAAUUGCACUGUAUAACUCUUGCUGUCAGUAUUUGCAAUAUAUUUUUAUCAAAUGGGGUCUGUAUUGAGUAGGCUUAAAUAAGUCAAACCUCAACCUAAACCCUUUGAGUUAUUGUAAGAAUCAGGAGUUGUUUUUGUGAUUGUCUUGUUUUUUUUCUUUCUUUUUCUCAUCUCCCCCCUCAGAUUGUGCCCCGUUAGAUUUUGACCAAAUAAAUGAAUAAAAGCCAACAUUAAUUUAGAAAUCAUCUUAAAUAAUAGAGAUCUCAGUUUCUGUCUAAAUAAUUGUGAUUAUCCUUUUUGCCAUAAUUGAGGAGACCUAGUGAGUAGGUUUGGGCAUCGAGCAUCGAUUGUAACCGGCUCCAACUGUUAGCUUUCCCAAAAUCGUUCAAAGUUUUUUAUUUCGAAUCCUAGUUUCGAUUCCUGGAACGCCUACCGGAAGAGGAAUCCGCCGCCGAUCUCUGUGAAAAAUAAAUGUGAUCUGCAAAUUGUGAUCAACGCUUCUCAGAGCCGACCACACCAGCUGUCUGUGUGCAGCACCGAGUCCCCCCCCCCCCCCCCC